AGAGAGAGAGAGAGAGAGAGAGAGAGAGAGAGAGAGAGAGAGGGAGAGAGAGAGAGAGAGAGAGAGAGAGAGAGAAAGAGAGAGAGAGAGAGAUUGUGUCCUUUACGCGCAGAUCUUUGCUGUGCGUCCAGGCGCGUCCAGUACCCAGAGUUUACUGAGGAGUAAGUGACUGUGUGUAACGUUUGUAUCUGAAUGUUUCAUCUGGACUCCAGUUUUAUGACUUAUUCCUCAGUCUGACUGCUUGGUACUAAAUGCUGCGGCCCUGCUGCCUGGACCUCCCCGGCAGUUUUGGAGCAGGUGUUUAUUCACGGUAACAGUUUGUCUCUCGGUGCAUUCUUUGGACGGGGUUUAGCUUCUAUCCGGGUGGACAUGUCGGGACAGAAACCGUCCUUGAAGAGCGGCGGCUCCCCUCAGAGCCGCUUCCAGGUGGAUGUGGUGACAGAGGCAUCCUCUGCAACCCCGGCCUCCACCAAUGGAUCCAAGCCGCCCGAGGAGUCCAAAGGCCGGCCCAGGGUGGUGGGGUUCCUGGAUUUUGGCGCGCUGGGCAGCGCGAUGGACAUCGGGCUCCCGCCUGAUGUCUUCCACGAGCCGGACACGACAAGAAGCGACUCCGUCAGCCUCCAUUCGACAGGCACGGGACAUACGCACAUGUCCGACUCCCACUCCAACACCUACUACAUGAGGACUUUCGGACACAACACCAUAGACGCAGUGCCCAACAUCGACUUCUACCGGCACACUGCUGCGACUCUCGGGGAGAAACUUAUCAGACCGUCGCUGUCGGAGCUGCACGAUGAACUCGAUAAAGAGCCGUUUGAGGACGGUCUGGCCAAUGGAGAAGAGCCAUCAGCGGCUGAGGAAGCGGCGGCGGCCUUGGCGGCAAAGGAGGCGAAAGGAGGAACUAUCAAGUUUGGUUGGGUCAAAGGAGUCUUGAUCCGCUGCAUGCUGAAUAUCUGGGGUGUGAUGCUCUUUAUUCGAAUGACCUGGAUUGUGGGACAGGCUGGAAUCGGACUGACCAUUGUGAUAAUUCUGAUGGCCACUUUGGUUACCACCAUCACUGGUCUGUCUACCUCUGCUAUAGCAACCAAUGGCUUCGUUCGAGGAGGAGGAGCAUACUACCUAAUCUCCAGGAGUCUGGGGCCGGAGUUCGGAGGCUCCAUCGGUCUCAUCUUUGCCUUUGCCAACGCCGUGGCUGUGGCCAUGUACGUCGUGGGCUUCGCAGAGACAGUCGUGGAGAUGCUUAAUGAUGUUGAUGCUCUGAUGACUGAUGAGCUAAAUGACAUUCGUAUUGUUGGGACUCUAACCGUCAUCCUGCUGCUGGGAAUCUCUGUAGCUGGGAUGGAGUGGGAAGCCAAGGCUCAGAUUGUCCUCCUGGUGAUCCUGCUCGCAGCCAUCGCUAACUACUUCAUAGGAAGCUUCAUCGCCAUAGAAAGCAAAGAGCCCAAAGGAUUCUUCGGCUACAACACUGCCAUCUUCUUAGAGAACCUGGGUCCAGACUUCAGAGAGGAGGAGACAUUCUUCUCCAUGUUCGCCAUUUUCUUCCCUGCAGCCACAGGGAUCCUGGCUGGAGCCAACAUCUCUGGAGACCUCACGGACCCUCAGUCAGCGAUCCCUAAAGGUACUUUGCUGGCCAUCGUCAUCACCGGAAUCACCUACGUGGCUGUCACCAUCUCUGCAGGCUCUUGCAUUGUCAGGGAUGCAACCGGCGACCACAACGACACGGUGAGCGACACGGUGAACUGCACCGACGCCGCCUGCACGCUGGGCUACGACUUCUCCAUCUGCAAGGAGGGGGGCUGUCAGUACGGCCUGAUGAACGACUUCCAGGUGAUGAGUCUGGUGUCGGGCUUUGGCCCUCUGAUCUCUGCAGGGAUUUUUUCAGCCACUCUGUCCUCGGCUCUAGCCUCGCUGGUCAGCGCACCCAAAGUCUUCCAGGCUCUAUGCAAGGACAACAUCUAUCCAGGGCUGGGUGUUUUUGCAAAGGGUUAUGGGAAGAACAACGAGCCUCUCCGUGGUUACGUCCUGACCUUCUGCAUCGGCCUUGCCUUCAUUCUCAUUGCGGAGUUGAACAUCAUCGCUCCCAUCAUCUCCAACUUCUUCCUGGCCUCGUACGCUCUCAUUAACUUCUCUGUCUUCCACGCCUCCUUGGCCAACUCUCCAGGGUGGCGUCCCAGCUUCAAGUACUACAACAUGUGGGUGUCUCUUGCCGGGGCGGUCCUGUGCUGUGUGGUGAUGUUUGUCAUCAACUGGUGGGCAGCUCUGGUCACUCUGCUCAUUGUCCUUGCCCUCUACAUCUACGUCAGCUACAAGAAACCUGAUGUGAACUGGGGUUCGUCUACUCAGGCUCUGAUUUACAACCAGGCUCUGACUCACUGUAUAAACCUCACUGGAGUCGAGGACCACGUUAAAAACUUCAGGCCACAGUGUUUGGUGAUGGCUGGUUAUCCAAACUCUCGUCCUGCUCUGCUUCAACUGGUUAAUUCUUUCACCAAGAAUGUCGGCCUCAUGGUCUGCGCUCACGUCAGGACCGUGACCCGUCGGCCAAACUUGAAGGAGCUGUCUCAGGAACACGCCCGCUGUCAGCGCUGGCUCAACAAGAAACGGAUCAAGGCCUUUUACACUCAUGUGUUCUCUGACAACCUUAGGCACGGGGCGCAGUUCCUCAUGCAGGCUGUCGGUUUGGGUCGUCUGAAGCCCAACACCUUGGUUAUGGGUUUUAAGAACAACUGGAGUGAUGGAGACAUGAGAGAUGUGGAGGUUUACAUCAACACUAUACACGAUGCUUUCGACCUGCAGUUUGGGGUGGUGCUCCUUCGACUGCAGGACGGACUGGAUAUCUCUCACAUCCAGGGACAAGACGAGCUGCUGUCGUCCAGCGAGAAGCCCCCAGUUGGCAGUAAGGAGGUGGUGGUUUCUGUCAGUCUGGGUAAAGACUCAGAGUCGGACUCCUGUCCUCCAAAAAUCACUACCAACCAGAGCAGCCCACUCAUCAUGUUAGAGACCAAGUCUCCUCUGAGUCUGACCGACCAGCGUCUGCUGGAGACCAGCCAGCAGUUCAAGAAGAAGCAGGGCAAAGGAACCAUAGAUGUCUGGUGGUUGUUUGAUGACGGAGGCCUGACUCUGCUGAUCCCCUUUCUGCUGACCAACGGGAGCAAGUGGGGCGACUGCAGGAUCAGAGUCUUCAUCGGCGGGAAGAUCAACCGCAUCGAUCACGACCGCCGAGCCAUGGCCACGCUGCUCAGCAGGUUCAGGAUCGACUUCUCUGACAUCAACGUCCUUGGAGAUAUCAACACCAAACCCAAGAAACACAGUAAGCUGAGCUUUAAGGAGCUGAUUGAGCCGUACAGGCUGAAGGAAGACGACAUGGAACAGGAGGCGGCAGAGAGGCUGAAGGCCCAGGAGCCCUGGAGGAUCACUGACAACGAACUGGAGCUCUACAAGGCCAAGAGCAACCGUCAGAUCCGACUGAACGAGCUGCUGAAGGAACAUUCCAGCAUGGCGAAGCUCAUCGUCAUGAGCAUGCCUUUGGCCAGAAAGGGGACGGUGUCGAGCGCUCUCUACAUGUGCUGGCUGGAAACUCUGUCCAAAGACCUCCCACCUCUGCUACUGGUCCGAGGAAACCACCAGAGUGUCCUCACCUUCUACUCCUAACACACACACACACACACACACACGUACAGUGUCCACACACACACACAGUUUCCACACAGACACACACACGCACACACAAACACACCCCACACCACACACACACACAGUGUGUUACAGUAUUACAUCGCCUACAGCUGCACAAGAACAGAAAUAUUAUCGUGCUUUAAAUUUUGUGUCACGGUUCUGAAACUCUCUCCGCCUCAAUAACAAAUUAAACAACCCAAUCAACCCAAUCAACAUUUAGACUUUUAUCUUCAACAAUAACCGGCUGUAUAUUCUUUGGCUUCUGUGUGUUUUUAUGUGAACUACAGUAAAUAUUAACUUUAAUGUUUAUUUAUAAUGAUAGAGUCAUGAUUUCAGAAUGUUUGCUGGUAUUCAGGUGACCUGUGAUCAUGAAGUGGUAUUUUGUUUUCAAGUAGCAAGACAAACUGUAUCUCUGGUAACAUUAUUUUGUAAAUUAUUUUAUUAAAAUAUUAACUAAA